CUCCAUCUUAUAUCGACCUUUGACCUUAAACAUUUUAUGCAACCUUAUUCAUGCAUGAUAUUCCAGGGGUUAUUUAGUACUUGACCAGGCCUUUCUGUGAAGGAUUUCUGUGAUAAAACUCUGACCGGUGGACAGUUGAAAAAGCUGCAGACAAAAUGAGCCCAUUUUCUUUGAGUAGAGCCACAUUACAGUGCGUCAGGAAAGGGUCACAGUGUGGCUUGUUUGCAGCAAAGAACAGGACUUUUUGUCCAGGUACCAGAUCUGCCAGUCAGACAGCCUCCAGGUCCAGCUCCCUCCCCCCUCCCCAUGCCUGGUUCCUGCUGUCCAUCCCUGCUGCAGCCUUUGGGCUGGGCACAUGGCAGGUCCAGAGGAGACAGUGGAAGUUAGACUUGAUUAAAGACAUGGAGGCCAGGACAAGCAGACAUCCUGUUCCUAUACCCUCGGAGCAACAGGACCUUGAGACAAUGGAGUACAGACCAGUCAAAAUUAGAGGUAGCUUUGACCACUCCAAGGAGAUGUACCUGUUACCCCGUUCCCUGAACACCCAUGACACAGGAGGGGGCAUGGGAGCCAGGGCACAGUCAGGGGCUCAGGUGGUCACACCUUUCCACUGCUCUGAUACAGGGAGGACAAUUCUAGUGAACAGGGGAUGGGUGUCCAAGAAAAACAUCAACCCAGCAACAAGACCAGAUGGCCAGGUUACAGGAGAGGUGGAAGUUACAGGAUUAGUGAGGUUGAAUGAAAAGAGAGCACCAUUUGUCCCCAAGAAUGACAUUGCACACAACAGAUGGCACUACAGGGAUGUGGAGGCCAUGGCUCAGAUAACGGAGGCUCAGCCCAUCUAUAUAGAAGCAGUUGGAGGGAGCACUGUACCAGGUGGACCCAUAGGGGGUCAAACCAGGGUGCAACUCAGAAAUGAACACAUGCAAUACAUCCUCACAUGGUACUCAUUGAGCAUCUUGACUGCCAUUGGCUGGUAUUGGACCUACUUCAAGAAGGUGCCAAGAUAGUUUAGGCAGGGCCUCGAUGUGAAGCUUAGAGUAGGACCUGCAACUUGAGCUGAGAUUGAUCUUCAUUAAAAUUAUUGUAACAAUGUGGUAAUUUUGUCAAAUUUAGAUUCUGCAAUUAAUUUUAUGU